UUUGUCCUGAACCCCAUUAUUAUAUCGUGCCAUGGCGAAAAGAGCAGCUAUCAAGCGCGCCAAGCGGUUCCAAACCAUGAAGGACCGCUUCCGGAAGGCCGAAAACGUGUUUGAACUAUCCCCGAUGAUGAAGGGCUUCUUCAUCACCUGCAACCGCGGCCGCGAGAAAAAGUGCGCCUCGGAGGUCAUUGAUCUGCUUGAAGCAGAGUCAGACAGCGAGGAUGAAGAGGCUGGCGAUAUCGAGAGCGAGAUCGCGCGUGAGCUUGAGGACAUGAAGUCCAAAAGCAAGCCAAAACUGUUCCGCUCGCUGCAGACCACGAUCGACUGCAUUGCCUUUGUAAAGUGCGACAAGCGGAUCGAUCCGGAGGACCUCACCCAGUUUAUCGGCACACACGGUUUCACAAGCCGUCUGAUCCCGGCCAAAGUCACUUGCUCAGCCAAGAUCGAUGCGAUUGUUGGUGCCAAGCUUCUGGCCGAGGACGCUGAGCCCACGACAUUUGCGCUGGCUAUCAACGUCCGCUACUGUGAUGGGCUCAAGCGCAAGGAUAUUAUUCCUGCCGUUGCCGCCCCCUUUGAUGAGAAGCACACAGUGGAUCUGGAGAACGCAAAGUACACUAUUGUCAUUGAGGCGUUCAAGAGUCUGUGCGCUGUCGGGCUUGUCGAGGACUAUAAUAAGCUCAAGCGGCUUAAUCUGCAGACCCUGUUCGACGAGCCAGCGGAUAAACCCAAGGCUACAGCAGCUGCCAAGGAUACUGCCGCAGAGGAGUUCAAGAAAGCCGAGCCCAAGGAGGAAUCCAAGGAGAGCCCGAAAGGAGAACCCGAGGCUGAGUAGGGGUAAUAGCUUGGGCGAGCAUGAUAUGUCAGGCAUGCGACCAUAUAUGCUGCAUUUGGCAUACGGACCAAGCAGGUGACUACUCCAUGAUGCUCAAUGCCCUCUUGCAGGUUUCAGCAAUCCGAUACACAAACUAAAAGAAAAACAAUUUCGU